ACAGGAAGGUGUCAAUGUGUGUGUGUGUGUGUCGGCAGCUGAAUCACACACGACACAAUGUUUUCUCAGCAGUUUUGUUGCCUGUAAAUGUGGAUGCCACUGAGUGUAUGUGUGUGUGUGUGUGUGAGACAUGCCUGAUGAGGAUUAUUAGCAACAUAAACUAAUACAAUAUGGAUUUCCAACACAGGACGGCUCUGGAUAUCUCCACCAGGAACCCUCAGGAUGACUUUGAGAUCCUGCUGAGAGUCGGAGGAGGAACUUACGGAGAAGUUUACAAGGCGCGUAACAAGCAGAAUGGAGAGCUGGCAGCCAUCAAGGUCAUCAAGAUGGAACCAGAGGAUGAUUUCUCCAUCAUCCAGCAGGAAAUCGUCAUAGUGAAGAGCUGCAAACAUCCCAACAUAGUGGCGUAUUAUGGCAGCUACAUACGAGCUCAUAAACUGUGGAUCUGUAUGGAGUUCUGUGGAGGAGGCUCUCUGCAGGAUAUCUACCAUGUGACUGGUCCUCUGUCUGAGCCACAGAUCGCCUACAUCUGCAGAGAGAUGCUGCAGGGUCUGGACUACCUGCAUGCACAGAAGAAAAUCCACAGAGACAUCAAGGGUGCCAACGUCCUCCUCAACGAUCAGGGCGAGGUCAGGCUGGCUGACUUUGGGAUCUCGGCUCAGAUCACAGCCACUCUGGCCCGGCGGAUGUCCUUCAUCGGGACGCCAUAUUGGAUGGCGCCCGAGGUGGCAGCAGUUGAGAUUAAAGGUGGCUACAAUGAGCUCUGUGAUGUCUGGUCUGUGGGCAUCACAGCCAUCGAGCUGGCAGAGCUUCAGCCGCCCUUGUUUGAUGUCCACCCACUGCGAGUCCUGUUUCUCAUGUCCAAGAGCGGCUACCAGCCUCCUAAACUGAAGGACAAGUCUAAAUGGUCCUCCAUGUUUUAUAGCUUUGUAAAGGCCAUGCUGGUGAGGAACCCGAAGAAGAGACCCAGCGCCUCCAAGCUGCUCACAAACACAUUUCUGACCCAGCAGUGCCUGAACCAGGAGCUGACCCUGGACCUGCUGGAGAAGUUUCGACACCCUGAGAAACUGAAGACCUGCCUGGUGACGGAGGACGACGACAUGGAGGUGGCGCUGCCUGGAUCUUUGAAGAGGAUCCAGUCUAUCAACAAACACUACCGGGCAGAGAGGACCAGCUCUGACAUUAGCUUGGAGCAGAUUUACACUCAGAGGCCUAUGAAGAAAGAAUCACCAAACGCAACAUUAAGACCUUCACCGGGAUCCACCGGCAGCAGCAAGAGUCCAGUGAGGGAUCAGGACACAGACUCAGACGACGACUAUGAUGACGUGGAUAUCCCUACGAUACAAAACACCAGUCUCAUAAUGCGAGCUGAUGACACUCCUCCUCCGCUUCCUCCAAAGCCCAAAGCUCGGACCAGCUCUGAGGAAAGCAUGGCGGGGGAUGAUGAGCGGUUGAGGAAGCCCAGCUCCCUGUACGCCCCCACACCUCUCAUCAGGACCUCCAGCGGGACGCAGGUCCGAUCGACGCCAAAACCACGAUCCUCACGACACUCAGACCCGUUGUCCCUCCCUGUCCAGCUGAUUGAACACCCGUCAGACCUUGUUCCUCCUGAGCUCCCCCCUAAAGGCAUCCGCAGACGGCGACCCCCAUCAAAGGACCCGGUUGAAUGUGCCAGCCCCGUCAUGAAGAAACCUCCUGUCUACUUUAAAAAGAUCUUCCAUGGCUGCCCUCUCAAAAUAAACUGCUCCACGACCUGGGAGAACCCAGCUACCAAAGACCAGCAUCUGAUCCUGGGGGCGGAGGAAGGGAUCUACACCCUGAACCUGAGCGGCUCGGAGGCCACGAUGGAGCUGUUGUAUCCAGGGAAGUGUACCUGGAUCUACACCAUCAGUAACGUCCUCAUGUCCGUAUCAGGUAAAUCUUCGCAGCUUCACUCCCAUACAAUGAAGGAGUUGUACGAACAGGCUCGGAGAGAACAGAGGAUGGUUUCCUUGCCGACUCACAGACUGUUACCAAGGAAAUUUGCAGUGACGAGUAAAAUCCCUGAUACCAAAGGCUGCAAGACCUGCGCAGUUGCAGGCAGCAUGCAUGGAGGCUGCGUGUUCCUGUGCUGCGGUCUGGAGGCCAGCGUGGUGCUGCUGCAGUGGUACGAGCCCAUGCACAAGUUCAUGCUCAUUAAGAAUUUUGACUUCCCGCUGCCCAACCCUCUGCGGGUGUUUGAGAUGGUGACGGUGCCCCAGCAGGAGUACCCGCUGGUGUGUAUCGGCGUCUCUCGGGGGUCCAGCCCCAACCUGCCCGUCUCUGUAGAAUACAUCAACCUCAACUCCAACACGUCCUGGUUCACCAACUCUGGCCUGGAGAGAGCUUGCCCAGAUGUAGUUCAAGUAAACCAGUUAAACAGUAGCUCGCUGCUCGUCCUCCUAGAAAAGUCGGUACAUAUAGUCGGCCUGGACGGGGAGUCGAAGAGCAACAGGCCUCCGACACAUGAGACCACCUUCUCUCACGAUGUUGAGUCUAUAGUGUAUUUUGAGGACACGCUGCUGGCGGUGUGGCGUCACGGCUGGCAGAGGAGAGGACAAGGUUUCACUGAGCUGCUGGAGGAAACCACCGACCACAGAAAGAUCUACAGACUGGUGCAGUCAGACAGGAUGGUCGUCUUGGAGACGCGUCAGACGGAGGACCACUCAGGGCUGUCCAACCUGUACGUCCUUGAAAUCGCUGAGAACUACGUCAUGCUGCCCUGACUCUCCUGUCUGCUGGCGCAGGGCAUCAUGGGAAACUCCCACUUGUAUAUGAACGCCGCCACGCAGGAAUCUGUCAUCAUUAACUCUGAUGGGCGCGGACGCCACAGUAUUUGAUUUUCUAACGGGAGGAUGUUGCUUUUCCAUACUGACCAGAGAGGAUUGUUGUGUUUAUCCCUCCAGUAUGGGGGAGUCUGCUCUUAUUUAUGCUGAUUUCAACUUGUGAGAUCCAGAACGACGUCCAGAAUCCAGACGGCUGAGAAAAACCUGUGAAGGAAGGUCCUCCUCCAACACUAAAGAGGAGGAGUAUCUACUGAAAUAUAGACGAUGGCUUCCAGAAGAUGCCACAUUAAAGGACUGGAUGGACUCAUGCUGUGUAGUUUGUAACCUGAGAUAAACACUUCUCACUGCCGUUACUUUGUAAUAAAGUUAAUUAACACAAGA